AUGUGUUUAUUUCUUUAUCUCAGAAAAUCUAAAGCAGUCCACAACUUCGGCUUUCCUACAUUUACUCAGAGUUCCAGAGUCAAAGCCAAGUCUGAUUUUGUUGGUUCUGCGUCUCUUAUAAAGUCCAUCUUGCAAGCCUUAAAGAGUAAAGUUCAAGGUUCAAGAUCAAGUGACAUUGAGCUAGUCAUAUUUGAAGAUGUUCGUGAUGCUGAAGAUGCUCUUUAUAACCUCAAUAGAAAGUGGGUAUGUGGCCGUCAAAUUGAAAUACAGUUUGCACAAGGUGAUCGCAAAACACCAGGCCAAAUGAAAUCAAAAGAACGUCACCCUUGCUCUCCAAGUGAUCAUAGGAGAUCAAGAAGCCCUAGCCAAAGGAGAACUCGAAGUAGAAGUUCUUCAUGGGGAAGAAAUAGGAGGAGGUCUGAUAGCCUUAAAGAGUCUCGACACAGGCGAUUUUCUUAUAGCCAGUCUAAAUCUCGCUCCAAAUCACUACCAAGGCGGUCUACCUCAGCAAGGCAGUCAAGAACUCCAAGGAGGAAUUCUGGUUCUAGAGGACGGUCCAGGUCCAAGUCCUUACAAAAAAGGUCCAAGUCAAUAGGAAAAUCACAAUCAAGUUCACCUCAAAAGCAAACUAGCUCAGGAACAAAAUCAAGAACACAUGGAAGACAUUCUGACUCCAUAGCAAGAUCCCCAUGUAAAUCUCCCAAAGGGUAUGCUAAUUCUGAAACUAAAGCCCAAACAGCAAAACACUCUCAUUUUCGAUCGUAUUCCAGAUCUCGGAGUUAUCGUCAUAAAAACAGUUGGUGAACAACAACAGAAGAGUGCUAGGUAGUCUUUCAUAUAAGUUAUUAAAUCUCUCAUUAUGUUAAAUAAAAAUUCUUCAAGGCUUACAGAAGAUGUGAGUUGAUAUUAGUUAUUUUGGGCAUGUGCAAAAAAAUAAAAUCUCUAGCUUUGGGUUAAUAAAGAUUUGGUCUUAAUUUAAGGGCCCACACCACAAAUUAUGUGUCUGAUGUCACCAUUUUAUGGACCAUUUUUGUUUACAUUGUGGCAGAAGGGUACUUUUCAAAGAAAGUGGGUAAAAUGGAACUAAUUUAGAAAAUUCUGGUUGAUAGUAUAGUAGUUCCCCUCUUAUCCAUGGGGAUAUUGUCCAAGACCUCCAGUGGAUGCCUGAAACCGCAGAUUGUAAUGAACUGUAUAUAUACUGUUUUUUUCUAUACAUAUCCUAUGAUAACAUUUAUAAAUUAGGCACAGUAAGAGAUUAACAAUGACAAUGAUAAAAUAGAACAGUUAUACUACAAUAAAAGUUAUCUGAAUAUACUACAAUAAAAGUUAUCUGAAUGUGGUCUCAAAAUAUCAAACUGUACUCACCCUUGUGAAAAAGUGAAAUGAUUACAAUGCUUACAUGAUGAGAUGAAGUGAGGUAAUCAGAACUGUAUGCAAUUUAAAACUUAUGAAUUGUUUAUUUCUGGAAACUUCCACUUGAUAUUUUUGGACUACAGUUGACUGUGGGUAACAAAUUGGAAAGUGAAACCAUGGAAAAGAGGGGAAUACUGUAUUGGUGGUAAUAAUACCUUUUACAAAAAUAUUUUUUACCUUAAAGCACUUUUAUGUAAAAAGUAAUUAUGACUGUAUAAUUGGAUAGGGCAGAUUUAAACUAUUUGACACCUUAUGUCUCUUUUUGUGUCUUCUGUUUAAACUUGGGCCAAUUCUUGGUGGAUGUUAGUUCAUAUUACAAAAUUCUGACAUUCCCCAAAGUUGAAUUUAUAGAGAGAUAAAGCAUUCAAAAGAUAGAUUCUCUCUUGAGCUUAAAAGUUUUAUUUUUAUUGGGUGGAACAGUACAGAUACGCCGACAUUAAAUUGUAUCCUGUACUAUGUUCAUUCACUUAAAACAUCAAAACGUUUUUAAAAAUACUGAAUUUUGAAUGGUUUGAGAUUAUAAAAAUUGUGUGCAACACUCAUAGUCCAAAAAUAUUCAUAUUAAGCCUUAUACAUUUGAAGAGUGGUACAUUUUGUAUAAAAAAAUCAUUUUAUACCAUUAUUUCUACAUGCCUAGCUUUCAUCUGCUUUUUUUCUUUUUAGAGCUCUAGCUUAAGACUUUAGAUUGUAUAGAAUAAGUCAUUACUUUUGAAAGUGUUUAGUACCUUGUAUUAAGAAACUCAAGACUGCAUUCUCAAAAAACAGCUUUGUGCAGUAUUUGGACUUAAUUACACUGCCCUUCAUUUUUUAAACCAAAUAACUUUAUUGCUAUUUGCUUUUGUAGUUGUUAAACCUGAGUUUCUUUAAAAUGUGUUUGUAGUUUGUUUUUCAGAGGGUUUUGGUAGUAUUUGUGAUAAAUAUUAUUACAGGGGAUAUAUUUAUAGAGUCCUACUUGUGUAUCUUGUUGAAUUAUAUUGAAAAUUAAAGUUUUCAGCCCAUACAGUUAA